UAAUGUAAAAACAGAACUAUAAAAAAUAAAUAGUAACUAAUAAAUAUGUAUUUUUUCUCAUAUCAUGUCGAUCGACAACUAUCAAAUAUUAUAUCCCUAUAAUUCCUAAUCUAAUUAGUGAUUAUGCCAGUUAUUGGUUUAAAGUCAGUUGAAUGUCAUUCUGACUAUGCAUUUGCAUUUGAUCUAAUACGAAAUAUAAUUUUUUGAGUUUAAUUCAAUAUAUUAUACUUAUUUAUCACCAUCAUAAUUCGUAGUUGUCGUCCAGAUGAAAGUAAUUUAUAUUUUAGAUAGUUAUUGUUGGUAAACACUUAUGUUACCAAUUUAAAUUUACGAGUUCUGUUGAUGGUAUCUUAAAGAGACAAUGCUAUUGACGCUCUAUUAUAUGGCUACAAGUUGGUUUCAAUCAUAUAGAUUAUCAAACAUAAAAUCAAAUUUAAAAAAAUACCUGACUAAUAAUUUGACUCUCGUGUUGUAUAAAGAAAAGGAUUUUGUAGGAUUAGACAAUGAAAACUUGUACAAUAAAGAAAAUGGUGAUAUAUUUCUGUCUAUUAGACCUCGUGGUAUUACUUCAGAUAGUUGCAAAAAUGCUAGGUCUGCUCAGCUUGAUCAGAUCCUAUCAUUUAUUGGGCACAAAAGGUCAUGUUCCGUUUUACCUGAGCAAAUAUUGAAUGUGGAUAGUUGGAUUCUUAUUCCAAAUAACUCAAUUACAUUUCCUAUACUCAUGAAUACACACAAACCAUUAACUUUAAAUUUAGAAACAAAACUUCAUUUAUUGGUUGAAGCCACUUACAGAAUGUUUGAUGUUCAUCAAAAUAUAAACAAAUGUUUAAUCGAAGAUUUUGGUGUACCUAAAGCUUGGAAUGCCGGUGAAAAUUUUAGUCUAUUAUUAGAAACUGAUCUGGAUCAUUUUGCUAAACUUACUAGUAAUUUUAUGGCCGAUUCCAAAUCAUUAUACCUGGGAAACUAUAUGGAAUUACUACGAAUACAAACUGUAAAAGUUGAAGGUCAACCAUGUGAUAUUGAAAAUAAUGAAUCAAUUGCUUCUAACAUUGACUUUGUUUAUAGUUUACAUGAUAAUUAUGGUAUUAACAAUAAUGUUACAACUGUUCAAUGGAAAAACUACUGUGACACACUUUAUGCUGUAUCUAUUGCAGCAACAAAUGUGCUAAAAUCUGGAAAACCCAUUAAUUUUUGUUCAGCAGUGUUGUCAAAGAAAACAGAUAAUGAAAUAAGUAUGGAUGAUUAUGUUGUUAUUGAAAAUGUACAAGAUGAAGUUGACAGUACCACUGUUGAAUCAAAAUGUUUUACUGAGAGCAAAAUUUAUAAAAACACUAUUCCUGUACUUGAAGUACCAAAAGAAAAUCACGUAAAAUAUGUUCAAUUUAACAAUGAAUACGAAUUAACUAAUGGACUAAAUGGAAAAUCAAAUAGUGAUUAUGAAUAUGAAAGUGCUUCAAAUACUAGUUCCAGUGAAUCUAUUAGUUUUCGAAGAAUAGUUCUUACUCCUAUUGAAGAAAAUGAAGUAAAAUUAUCAAGCGGAAUGAAACCAAUUAAAAGUAGCCCUGAUGUGUUUGGGAUUUAUAAUAAUUCCUUAAAUAGUUCAAUGAUGAGAAGUCAUCGAUCAUUUUCAGAUUUUAGUAACAAUAUGGAAGCAAGACCCCGAUGUCAUACACCUGUACAACAUAGUGGUGAGUCAAAAACUGGAAAACCGCCAAAUAUUAUAAUAUUUAGUGAAAGUGCUUCUAGUGCACAACAAAUUCAGCAUUCAUUGGAGUCUGUCUUGCAUAGAUACAGGUACACAAUCUACACAUUGAGCUUAGAUAAAAUGCUUCAUUCGCCAUGGACGUCGCAAGCUACAAUGGUAGUCGUUUACGGUGCUGUACCUGAUGAACUUUAUCCAUUACUUGAACAAUACCUGUUAACAGAAGGAGGUCGAAUUUUAUGCAUGUGUUCUGAUUUUCUUGGUACACUGCUACCAACUGCUUUUAGUACAGCUGAAGUAUGUUCUGAUGACAUAGUAAGCUUCACAUACCGUCCGUUAUCCAUGCGAACAUCUCUCUUACACCACAUUCUUUGUUACCAACCCAGUACACCCAAUAAUGAUCAUUUUCCAUCUGAAAAUGGCAUUAAAGAAGAUAAGAAUUUAGAUAUUGUGGAUAUGUUCGAUACAAACAACAAGCAUCAUGCUAUUAACAUUGAAGUUCUGGCUGCUGAAGAUACCUGGGAAACACCAAGUUUAAUUUUAGCUACAGCUCCAUCUGGAGGAAAAGUUAUUUUUUCUCAAGUACAUUUGGAAAUCGAUCCUCAUCAAAAAGGAGAACACCAGUCAACUACUGAAGAUAGAUACCUAUUAAUUAAGGAUUUGCUGAGCACCCAUUUGGGACUGGAUUGUGUGUCAUGUGAUCAAGAACCAAAACACACGCCUGCUUAUUUAUUGGGAACUGAAAAUGAUAAAGUUAAAUUUUUAACUUCUUUAAAUGGAAAAGUAUCUAAAAAUAAUAUAUUGUUAUUGAAAGACUUAAAAGUUCAGUUUUGUACUAAAGAUGAAAUGUGUAUUGGAGCUAGUGAAUACUCCUUACCUGUAAUUUGUAAUGACUUCCCAGUGGACUUCAGUGAAGAAGAUUAUUUCAAAAAUCUCCAUACUGAAGAAUUAGGACGCUUAGUAAUAUUUGGAGAAGUUAUGUCAUCUUCCAUGAAGCUCUUAAACGAUCCAAUAUCCCGACAUGGACUUGUAGUCAUUCCAAAACAACAAAUUACUGGAAUUGGUAGAGGUGGUAAUAAAUGGUUGAGUCCAAGUGGCUGUGCCAUGUUUUCUGUACAGUUACAUAUUCCCUUUGAUUCUCAACUUGGUCAAAGACUAGCAUUGUUACAACAUGUUGUUGCAUUAUCAGUUGUGUCUGCUAUAUGUUCACUACCUGGUGGCUAUAAUAAACUUGAUCUCGGUCUAAAAUGGCCAAAUGAUAUAUAUGCUGGAGGGAAUGCAAAAAUUGGUGGCUUAGUCAUUAGCAGUUCUGCAGCAGGAAACACAGCCAUUUGUUCAAUUGGAUGUGGUGUAAAUUUAAAUAACAAUUUACCUACCACUUGUAUAAAUGAUAUAAUAAUUGAACAUAAUGCUAACACUCACGAUCAACUUAAGACCUUAACUUUUGAGCAAUACUUUGCCACUGUAUUUACUGAACUUGAAAGGCUAUUGAAUCAAGUUCAAAAUGGCAACGUAGAUAUAAUAUUUGAUCUUUAUUACAAAUAUUGGCUUCAUAGUAAUACUGUAGUUACUGUGCUUCGACCGAACAAAUCAUCAUUCAAAGCCACCGUGAUAGGACUUGAUGACCAUGGAUUUCUGAGAGUUCGUUCAGAAGAUGGAGACAUCAUAGAUGUCAGACCGGAUGGAAAUUCGUUUGAUAUGCUUGCUGGUCUCAUAGCCCCAAAAUAAAUUCUGAUCUGAUAUCAAUGUUUUUUUGUAUGUGGUUGUAGUGAAUUUUAUUAUUUUUCAAUAAUUCUUGGCCUAUUAAUUCAUGAUAAUUAUAUUAUCAUAAUAUUAAUUAGAACAAUUCACAAUCUUUUUUUUUUUUUUGAUAACUAAUGAUCAAUCUUAUAUUUAUACAUAAUCACUAUGAUUAUAUUUAAAUUAUCUGGGUGUUCUACAAUUUUAAUGAAAUCUCUUGUUUCAUUACAUUUAAAAAGUUUUAUUUGAUAAACAUUAAUGAUUGGAUAAUUUUUUAGGAUUAAAAAUAAUUCAUAGCAUGUUUAAAUAUAUUUCAAACCCUUAGGUUUACUAAUUGUUUUUAUUAAUCAAUAGACAAAUGUUUUAAACUAAACAUUUUUUGUUUCUAUUAAGACUGGGUCGGCUUAUAAACUAUAUACUUAAUUACUUAGCAUUUCAAAUAUAAGACUAAUAUUUAUCAGAUUACUUUUGAUUUUUUUUUUUUAGUUGGUUUAGGGGUUUAUAAUAUGUAUGUUUAUCGUUUGUGUGUAAUUAUUUUCAAAAACCAAAUAUUGUUACCAAAAAAGUUAUGUUUAAGUACCGAUUUGUUAUACUUUUGCAUUAUUCAGUACAUUGUAUUAAUGAAUAAAUAAAUAGAUAAUUAAAAGAAA